AUGGCUUCAUCCAUCGAGCUCGACAUCAAUACGCCGACCAGUCCAACCAAGGGCAAGUACCUCUGCCUCACCAUCUGCGGAUACCGCAAGCCAGGCAUGAGCGAGGAAGACUAUCGCAACCACAUGGUCAACGUCUCGGCACCCAUGACUAAAGACUUGAUGGUUAAGUACGGAAUCAAGCGAUGGACACAGAUUCAUAACCAAAGCUCCACUCGCGCCUUGAUGAGCGAGCUGUUCGACCCUCAGAUGUGUAUUGUCGCCGACUUCGACUACUUUAGCCAAGUUAUUUUCGAAUCCAUCAAGGACUAUAAACGCAUGAAGCAGGAUCCGUGGUACAAGCAGCACCUUGUAGGUGAUCACGAGGUCUUCGCUGAUACAAAAAGAAGCAUGAUGACUAUCGGGUGGAUUGAAGAUUUUAUUAGGGAUGGCCAAGCUGUCAACGGUUAUAAAGAUUGA